UGCCGGGUUAAUUGUUAAUAAUAUAAAUAAUAUAACUGACACCAUCCAUAAUGGAUGUAGAAACGGAACUUCCGAAAGAAGGCGAUGUAAAGGACACUCCACAAGUUGAAGACGUACAAAAUGGCGAAGAGGCAUCUUUAGAUAAGAAUAAAGAUAGUUCCAAAAAAAGCCACAAAACUAAUUCUAAACGCAAAAGAAGGAGUCGAUCUAAAACGCCUCAGGCAAUAAAUGACGAGCCCAAGAUAAUCCAUAUUUCUAUGAAAAAAAUUGAGGAGGAAGCACACAACGGAAAUGAAGAAACUUCAGAGCAGGACAUAGAAAAAAAUGGGGAAGAAAUUACGGAAGAAUCGAAACCUAUGAAAGAUAAAGUGGCAGAUGUAAAUGGAUCUGAUGGAGAAACUAAUUUGACCGAGAUCAAAAAUGGCGUGGACAAACAGGAAAACGGAUCAAGUAACGGCGUUUCUGAAGAUAAUUGCAAUGACGUUGAACCCACCGGUAAUGAAUUUGAAGGAUUUAUUGAGAUUGAAGAAGCCAAAGAAGCCCUAAAAGAACAAGAGACUGAAAUAAAUGAAACUGUUAAGGAUAAGGAACACUCAGAAAAACCAGGAUCUCCGAAAAAAUCGAGUCAACAAGAAUCCAAAUCGCCGGAGUCGGACUCUGUGGAAAUGGAACCUCUUGUUGUUGGAGAUGAGGUAGAAUCGGAGCUACAGUUUCUGGAAGAAAAUUCCGAUAAAGAAUCUGGUAAGGGAUCACCUGUAAUUCCAAGAUGUUUCACACGACGAUCUUUUACAAGAAAUAUUCCGACGCCAAGAACUCCAAAAUUAUCCGAUGAUCCAGAUUCUGAGAAGAAUUCCGUGACUGAUCAAACUGAAGAGACUAUUUGCAACUUGCCAAACGAUAUCAAUGUACCAAAGAUAGAUCUGAAUGACUCGAGUGAUUCGCUCGAUACUCUCAACACAUCCACAAAUGUUGAGGUUGGAGGUAACUCGACACGUCUAGAUUUUAUAGAAACGACAAAUACCCCCACAGAGGAAAACCACUUCGAUGAAGCGUAUCGGAAUAAUCUCAGAGCGAGGGUCUUGUCGGCCAGGCGACCGUUACGGGUGACGGACGACUACAGAAAGAAGGUGUUGAUAAAUGCCCAAUACAGAUCCGAUCUUAAUUUGCCAUACGAGUUGGAUGAACCGUGUGGUGGUAUUAAACGCAAACUGCGGAGUAUGACACCGGACGGUUCUAAAAAACAGAAAUUAGAGUCACCAGGAUACACGUCCUUCCUCUCCAACUCUUUCGCCGGUUUUACAACUAGGUUCAAGAGUCACGUCGAUUCCAGCACACCAGAACUGAUCAGUUACAAGGACGAAAGGAGUGAUAUUCAUUUUAGUGAUGGUUUGGAAUCGCAGCAGAUAGAAGAUGCCGGAGGGGACGAGAGUAAGAAGUGGUGUUCACUUAUGUAAGAUGUGGUAGUAGGACAUAGUAUAAGAUCUGAUUUUUGUACUUGUUUCAUAGAUUAGUUACAGUAAGACAGUAAAUAUACGUGGUAAAAGCGUUUUUGUAAUCAUAUCAGGGCGAGUCAAGACAUUUCUACAACAACUCAUCAAUAUUACUGUUAUUUAGUUUUUAACAGUUGGUAAUUCUUUUUUCUUUAAAAAUUUCUGCGUUUUUAGUUAAAACAUGGUCUUUAUACAUUUUAAAAUAAUUGUGACAAUAUAUUUACAUUUCGAGGGAAUAUUAACACUUUAUUAUGUUUUAAUACGUUUUCGCAGCUGUCAUUUGUCAUUGACUUAUUUCCAUAAUAACUUUUGAUCUCAAGCAUGAUAGUUGAUAACUUUUUGACAGGUGUCAAUUUUGUCAAAAGGUCAACAAAUCUUCGAAUCAGGCACUAAAAAUACAGAGUUCUCACACAUUUGUUAAAAUAUCUAGAAAAUCAAAGUUUCUUAGGUUUAAUUAUUUUAAUUAAGAUCAUGAUAACUGAUCUGGAGGAUUAUGGUUGGCAGCUGUCAACUGUCAUUAGUGAAAAUUGUUCAUAAGCUGGUAACAGUAACUAUAAUAAAGUUUUUCACGGAAAGGAUUCACAGCUUUGACAAGAUACACCAGCUUAAUCAAUUUUGACUUUGACUCCAAUGUUCAACAAGCCAAUCUAGUCUUUAAUUUGUAUACAACUGUGUUACCAGUUUAUUCAUUUUGACUGUUUUGACGAAUUUCCCGCCACAUUUUUGUUUUAUUUUGCAAGGAAUCGCCCUUUGAGUAUGCUAAACUGAAGUUUAAGAUCUCAAUUAAAUUUAAAAUUAUCUACCAAUUAAUAAUUAUUGUUUAAUGUUAUAAUAAAAAUACCAUGUUUUGUUAUGUGCACUACAUCAUAUCACUAGGAUUCAGAUCUGCAGUAUUUUUUGUUCUAAAAAACUUUUUAGUUCGUUUUUCAUCACAUAAAUGUUUUUUAUAUUUGUACUGCUGUAUUACUGUUUAGUUCGAAUGUUUGUAUAUUCAAUCUACUUUUUAUAAUCAACUUAGUUUUACAUUUAUUUGUAUUAUGUUUACUGCCUCUUUUUUAAUACUUUGUAAGUUUUUACUCAAUUUGAUAUUGUUCCAAAAUCUUCAAAGAAAC